GACUCUGGAAGUGCAGCAUACAUGUAAAUUUCUUUUCAGGUUAUUUGUUUCCUUUCAUACGUUGCGUGAAUGUGUCGCAACCAUGAAGAUGAGGGCAACCUUUUAGGGUCACUUUCUACUAAGGCCAGGGCCAUAGCUAGCAUGAGGCAAAAUGGGACAAUUUUGGCCCUUUUUUGAAGAACAUAAGCAAGAGUGUAUCAAAACAGAUAACUGAUAAGUGAGCAUGAUUCUGUAUAUCAUCUAAGAACUAACUUCAAAAAAGUGUUACUGAAGACUUCUCCUAAUUAUCUACAGUAUAAAAUCCAUAAACAUUGGCUACUUUUGUGGAUUCAUCUUAUUGUUAUAAUAUGUGUUACAACAUUUGAAUGCUUUAAAAUGCAGAUGGUCAUUAACUUGGUGCAAGUAUCACUCAGCAAUAAACAAGUGAACUUCUACACUUGCCCAAGAUUGACUUUUCUGAAGAAAAAUGCCUCGGAAAAUGUUUAAAAGAGCAUUUCUGAGCUUGUAGAUUUCAAAAUUUUCUGGGGGAACAUGCCCCCAGACCCCCCUAGCGGCUCGCGCCUCAUGUUGUUCUGAAGUCUGGCUACAGCCCUGAAGGUGAUGAGGGCAACUCUAAAUGCUGCAUGAGCAAAAAGCAAAUUUUUGUCAGGGAUUUAAACAAUGCACUUGGAAUAGAUGUAUAGUGAGAAAUUAUUUGAGAGGUAUAUAGUGUUUUAAUCAGCCUCUGCCUUUAUAUUAAUGGCAAUUUGGGCCAUGUUUGUUGAAUUUUGAUUUACUACAAAAUCACCAAACCGUGAAAUGGGCUCAAAUGUUUGUACAGUGACCACUCCCACUUUCUUUUGCUGGCCCACUCACAUUCCCUCAUGUUGUUGUGAGUUCACUGUAAGUGAAGUUCAAAUUUAAGGUGGGGAAAGGGAAAUGUGUUAUCCACUUCUUUCCCUUUCUCCAAAAGAUGCCCAUUAACUGGGUGUUGCAAGGCGAGGUUCCACUGUGCUUCUGAAUGAGUUUGUAUUCCCUAUAUACAUUGCGUAUUCACCAGGCAGCAUGCUGGAGUCAUGAUGGGAGAGUUCUAGUAUUUGCUGUGGCAAAUGAGCCUGCACUAUAUUCACUACAAUUUCAGGAUGUUGGUAAUGGGGACAACAAAACAUCUGUGGCAAAAGGUGCACGGCUGGCUGUAAGAUGUGCUGAUUUGACAUCAUACAGCUGGGAGCUGGAUGAGGAGUUAGUGACUGUAGGGGGCUGUGUUCGUUCCAUGGCUUGGGAUCCACUCGGUGAAAGACUAGCAGUUAUAUUUAAAGAUGAAGGCAAACAUGCUCAAGAACUAGUUGCUGUAUUUAAAACAAGAUUGAAACCAACAUUUGAAAUCAUGCCAAGUGGCUUUGUACGAGGCCCUCCUAAUACAGUCCCAGAACUUGUCACCUUCCAGCAAGACUUCAAGAAAGGAGCCCUUCUCACUGUUUGUUGGUCAGAUGGUUGUGUCUCCUUCAUUCCACUACUAUUUUCUCCAUCUUCUCAUAAUGCCUCUCCAAGUCAGUUUGAAAAUGGAACAUUUGCUAAUAGUUUGUCUUCACAUUAAUUUUUGAAAACACAAUGAAACUUGUACAUAAGUAAGAUGUCUGUUUAAUAAAUAACAUUUUGUAACAGAAAAAAAAAUUGUAGCAAUUGUACUGUUCUUUUGUCUCUCACAUUAAUAUCAUUAUUGGUCAGGGUAUGUUUCUUUGGGAAAAUCCAAUAUUGAAUUCUUAGAUCUAAAAACGGAUUUUGUGUUUCUUUACUAAACAAAUCUUAGUAAGGAAGUGUAGAAUACUGUGACAAACUAGGGUUUGUCAUGGUAUUCUACCAUCAUCCACACAGAGAGAAGUGCAGAAGUAAAUAAAGAAUUACAGCAGUGGUAGUUUGUCACGGUAUUCUACACUUCGGAAUCCAUGUGUAGAGCACGAUAGUGUGGAUAUCAAAGUGUAGAAACCAGGGAUUUGAUGACCAUUACUAGACGUAUAUUUAUGAAACAGAUUAAUCCAAGAUCACUUGGAUCAAGGUGAAUCAAAGAAACUGAAGAAUCCCAGAGUGGACUUGUUAGUUUCUUUGAUGCACCAUGAUCUGAGUGAUCUUGGUUAUCUGUGUAGUAAAGAAACACUGGUACAAAAUCCGUUUUGGAUUUAUGUGGCAAACUGGUUCGUAAUGAUAAGGAGAACUCUGAUUGGUUCCCCGAGAAGUCUGAAUUUUACAAUAUGGACCACUGUUUUGUUGAUUGAAAUUAGCAGAAAAUAUGCUUCAAAAGUGGACAAUUUUUGUCAAUGUGGCAAAGGGGUUCAAAUUCAUUAUUUACCACAAUUGCUACUCAUCUCGCAAUCUGAUUGUCUAAUUUGCCAUUGUCAAUAAGAGUCCAGACAUCACUGCUCACGUCAAUGUGUCACACAAUGCCUUUUUCAGCUCUCGCUCUGAACAAAACAUUUUCUUUGACGUUGAUAUUGUGGUAAAAAGCAAAUCGAAAUAUGGUUUAGCGUGGUCUGUAGUCUUAUCGAUGAUACGCAUCAUCGCAGUCGUCAAAAUUUGUUGUGGACUCACUCAGCUGCGCCUCAUUGGUCCAUAGCAUUUUGACCACUGCGAUGACACAUAUCGUCGAUAAGAGUCCAGACAACGCUAAACCACAUGCGAUUUGUUAAGUCCACAUCAACCAAAAAGAGGUAAUGUUUUACGGUAAAUUAAUAUUGGGAAGAAAAGUUUGGGACUUGUGAUGUCAACACAGGGUGUUUACUUGGUGAGGAGUCUACUCAAGGUUACUGUCCAAUGGUUGUAGCACCACCACCACCACCACCAAAAACAACAAACUUUAUUCCUUUUUCAUUAAUUUACAGCCAUGAAUUUUAGGUUAAUGAGUUGUCUUGCAUCUACACUUUAUUAUUAAUAAUAAUUUUGAUCACAUCACAGAUACAUGUACCCUAAACACAAAGGCCGGUAAUUUAAGUUAAGCACAACACUGUCAGGUUUGUGUUUGGAGGCUUGUGUGUGUCUACCAAAACAAAAAUGGUUAAAAGUAUACUUUUUUUUUUUUUUGGAAUCUAUAUUUUUUGUUGGCUUUACAGUGGUUCAUAGGUUUUUGUGGUUUCUUUUAAGUAGCACACGUAGGAAGAUUUUUCUGGAAGGCACCCUAUUUUGUUGACAGUAAGCUUAAUCAAUGGUUUAUAUAAACGUCCAAGUGGUAUAAAGACUGUACAAUAGGUCCUUUACAUGACCAUGUCACGCGACCUUGUCAAUCAUAAAAAGUGGUUGUGGUAUGAAACAGAUUCCAGAAAUGGAAAGAGGGUGAUGAAAUUGCUAAGAUUUUGAGGCCAAUGAUGUUUUAUUUAUUUACUUAUUUAUUUGUUACAAUUAAUGACAACAAAUUAAUGAACACAGAAAUGCCAUAAGGAUGGUCUGAGAUCACCUACAUUAUGAUUAUAUGAAAAAAUAUUAAAACAAAUAUAUUCUAUAAGCCAACCAGUUCAGUUGGUAUUCAUUAAGACGCUCCUUACACCACGCCUAAAACUUGAAAUACUAGGUUAUGAUCUAACUACAAAUGGAAGCGAAUUCUACAAUACGAUUAAGGAAACUAAACUUAAAAGUGUUUGGUCAAUGAUAGUUCUUCAAACUAAGUCUAUCUUUUAGCACAAGAUUCUAGGGCAGUUUCCCUGCUAGCAGAGGCUCUUUUCCUGGUGUUUGCUGACAGGAGAAAAGAGACCCCUACCAUGGGUUGAAAAUGGUUUUGAUUUAAUUAAUCGGUGUCCUCAGUC